AUGCCAACCUCCACAUUCUGGCAGGACUUCCCUGACUUUGAGCUCAAACCGGACGCUGCAAUGAUUGAUGAGUUCAAGCGCCUGGCUGCCCAGCGGGGCUGGAAGGAAGGCUCAAAGACCUGGCGCAAGCGAUGGAGUGCCUUCAUCAACCUUGAGUACGACUGCGUCAUUGGAGAGAGUCUCACAGACCUAGACAGCUGGCGCGAGCUGUGUGCGCUGCUGGAUUUACAAGGGCCGUUCCCUUCCAUCACGAAGUGUAGGCAGGCGUUAUCCACGGUCCAUGUCAACAUUGUUGAUGUGAUUAACUGUCGACGCCAGGGAACUAAACCAAAGAAGUUCAGCAGCGUGUCACAGCUCGCGAAGUAUACCCAUAAAACCGGACAGUUCUUCAAGAGAAACCUGGCCAAGCAGGACCAGUUGCUCAAGAGAUGCCGAGAAUGGCAGCGUUGGAAUGGGCUCGAUGUGCUUGGAAUGGGCUCAAUGUGGAGAGAUGAUGUGUAA